GGCAGCGAGGCCCCAGAUAAAUACUUCGCCCAUGCCCGGGCCUGCCCACCGUUAUCCUGCCUCCUGCUGCUUCUCUCUCCAUCUUCCCUUUUGCUCUAAUAUCAUCGGUGUCUCUAUAUAAUAUCGGCUGCAACCAGUCCACACUCGUUCUUUGCCCAACACCAAACAACAAACAACAACAACAACCCAACCACCACCUUGAAAAUGUUCACCAAGGCUUUCGUCGCUGCCACCCUGGCCGCCGCCGUCUCGGCCAGCAUCCCCGACCUCAAGGCCCGCCAGGACCUCGGCAGCUUCGGCCCCGAGUGCCAGUCGGCCAUUGCCCAGGUCCUGCCUCUGUACAACCAGCUGCCUACUCCUCCCACCGCCCUCAUCACGGCCAUCCCCACCGAUCCCUGCGCCACCCCUACCCUGACUGGCGCCGCCUCGUCCGAGUACGCCGCCUACACUGGCUCCGUCCUCUCGUGGUACUCGGCCAACUCGCAGGUCCUCCUGUCGGCCCUCGGCGCCUGCACCCAGCUCGCCUCGUACGCUGCCUCGGUCCCCAUCUGCACUGGAGGCGGUGCCGCUCCCACCGGCGCUCCCAGCGUUCCCGCUACGCAGUCGGCUCCCUACCCGACCACCAGCGGCUCCGUCUCGCACGCUGCCUCGACUCCCGCCGGCACCGCCGGCACCGGUGCUUCCACCACCACCACCCCUAAGCCCUCUGGCUCGAGCUCGGCCAACCCCAUCCCCACUGGUGGUGCCGUUGCCCAGCAGGGCGGUGUUGUCGUCGCUGCCGUUGCUGCCGGCGCUGCCGUCCUCGGUGCCCUCGCUCUCUAAGCGGCCUGCAAAGGCUGGGAACCCAACAUGGGCUAUUCUCUCGUGGAAAGGAAGGAGUAGAAUCUGGCAGGCGUGCUGCGGCCAUGUCUGGAUGUCGGCUUAGACGGGAUGGAGAGCUCGGUACCUUUUUGGAUUCUGGAAAAGACCUGCAGGGUCAUAAUAAUACUAGUUUGUCAAUAUGUAGCAUGGAAUAAAUAACAUGUCGACCAAGA